AUGUCGACCUCCCUGUUGCUCGCGAGUGCCUUCUUCUACGCCUCCUUCCUUGGAUUUUCUUUGUGUCAGACAUCAAUGACCAUGCUAAUAGUGUUAGAGGAAGCAGACACGCAGAUUCUGGGCCUACUGAACGAGGCUGCGCCUCAAGCUGAGAAGAACUUUGGGGAGGAUGUCAUCACCGUUGAGAUUUCCACUGUCCAAAUUGAUCGAACAAACUUGGAGGCCAGUUUUGAGAGAGUAUGUGCUGCCUUAUUUAAGGGAAUCAGUAUCGUACUCGACAUGACUUGGACCGGCUGGGAAAAGUUACGAAACAUGGCCGACAAGAAUGGAAUAAUAUACAAACGGGGCGAUAGCAGUAUAAAUCCGUAUGUGCAAGCGAUCGAUGAUCUUUUAAUGUUGAAGAAUGCCACGGACGUGGGCUUGAUCUUCGAAGAUGAAAGGGAGUUGAAUCAGAGUCUGUAUUAUUUGAUUGGAAAUUCGAUAAUCAGAUUGGUGGUGAUCGAUGAAUUCACGGAGAAAACGGUUUCGAAGAUACGGAGCAUGAGACCUUCGCCAUCUUAUUAUGCGAUUUAUGCGAGCACAUCGAAAAUGGAGGACCUAUUUCGAACAGCCAUUCAAGGAGGAUUGGUAAAACGAGAUGGGAUCUGGAACUUAGUGUUCACAGACAAUAAUUACAAAGACUUUAAAUAUAUCAAUGGAGAUUUACAAUUAAACACAUCGAUCACCGUUCUGACGAUGAAGAAGAAUGUUUGCUGUCGUCUGAUGGGUGAAUCUUCCUGCAAUUGUCCCACCGAUGUUGCGAUAUUUUCGAACUACUUUAAACGACUGGUAGGCCUAGUAGUGAGUUUAAUGAGUGAACUACAAAAAUCAGGGAUCAGUGUGGAGCCAAAAACUGGACGAUGUUCCUCUCCAAACGCCAGUCAAACCGCUUCGAACGUUACCUCUGAGGCUUUUAACAAAAACAUACUGGCUAGACUAGGAGGCAAUGACACUUUCGAGUAUUGGUCGGAGAAAGCAAUGAUCACGUACAAAGCAGAAAUAGAAUUCGAAACUCUUAAUAACGGGGUCAUGGAGCCUUUGGCUACCUGGACGAGACAUACCAAGAUUAAAGAAGCUGAAGGAAGAAAGAUCGAACCUGCCAGAAGAUUUUUUCGGAUUGGAACUAAUCCUUUAGUACCUUGGACGGUGGCCAAAGUGGACCCUGCAACCGGACAGGUGCUGAAAGAUGAAAAUGGAAAUGAAAUAUGGGAAGGUUAUUGUAUAGACUUCGUGAAGAAACUCUCCGAAGAAAUGCAGUUCGAUUAUGACUUAGUCGUACCUCAAGAUCGACAAUUUGGAAAGAAGUUGCCUAAUGGACAAUGGAACGGCUUGAUUGGUGACCUUGCUAAAGGGGAAACUGACAUCGUAAUUGCCGCACUGACGAUGACAUCAGAACGCGAGGAGAUUAUCGAUUUCGUGGCUCCCUACUUCGAACAGUCUGGUAUACUAAUCGUAAUGAGAAAACCAGUUCGCAAACCUUCCUUGUUCAAAUUCAUGACGGUCCUUAAGGUUGAAGUCUGGCUUAGCAUCGUGGGUGCGCUAACGUUAACUGGAAUCAUGAUUUGGAUACUCGAUAAAUAUUCUCCUUACAGUGCUAGAAAUAACAAACGUUUGUAUCCAUACCCCUGUAGAGAAUUUACAUUGAAGGAGAGCUUUUGGUUCGCCCUGACCUCCUUCACUCCUCAGGGUGGGGGUGAAGCACCCAAGGCACUAUCAAGCAGAACUCUCGUGGCAGCCUACUGGUUGUUCGUCGUCCUAAUGCUUGCCACCUUCACUGCUAAUUUGGCAGCUUUCCUCACCGUGGAACGAAUGCAGUCCCCAGUUCAAUCGUUGGAGCAAUUGGCCAGGCAAUCAAGAAUUAAUUACACUGUUCUGGCCAAUUCUAGUGUGCAUCAAUAUUUCAUGAACAUGAAAAAUGCUGAAGACAAAUUGUACACUGUAUGGAAGGAAAUCACAUUGAACAGUACGAGCGACCAAGUGGAAUACAGAGUAUGGGACUACCCUAUCAAAGAACAAUAUGGCCACAUUCUGCAAGCGAUAACGCAAGUGGGCCCAGUGAAAAGUUCCGAGGAAGGCUUUCGAAAGGUGAUAGAAAGCGAGAACGCGGAAUUCGCUUUUAUCCACGACUCGUCGGAGAUCCGCUAUGAAGCAACGAGAAACUGCAAUUUGACAGAGGUUGGAGAUGUGUUCGCAGAACAACCUUAUGCAAUUGCUGUCCAACAAGGAAGUCACCUGCAAGAGGAGAUAAGCAGAAGGUACUCGAUUCGAAUCACCUCUGUGAAACCAUCAUUUUUUAAACAGAUUUUUAUUACUAGAAUUCUUGAUCUACAGAAGGACAGGUACUUUGAAACAUUGUCAUCGAAGUAUUGGAAUCAGUCUUUGAAAGCACAGUGCAUGAAUUCUGAUGACAAUGAGGGAAUAACGUUGGAAAGUUUGGGUGGAGUAUUCAUUGCAACUCUAUUCGGACUCGCUUUAGCGAUGAUCACAUUAGCUGGAGAGAUACUCUACUACCGCAAACGCAACCCACAAAAGGACAAACGAAAAAAUAAGAAGAAGGUGAACACCAUUGAUAACGACAAGAUCAUGAUCCAGAAACUAGCAUCGAAAUUGCAGAUGAAACCUGCCCCUAACACUAUGCUGUUCGAGAAACAGAUGAAUGCUCCUCGAGUGUCUCACAUCUCUGUAUACCCACGGAAUUUCUCUUUCAAAGAGUAAAACAACAUUUUUCCCCAUCAGAAUAUUAAUUUCACUAUAGUAAUCUGACUACCGUUGCUUAUUCGAGACGAACAAUUUGAUAAUAAAUGCAGUGUAACGAGAGUGGAAAUAAAGUUUAUAGCGAUUAUUUACAGUUA